UCAAUUACUUUUACGCGAGACUGAAGGACAGACAGUCAACACACGCUCCUGAUAUUACAUCUGAGUGAGGACGACGCGCUUUUCUAAAAUGGUGUUGGACCCUCGAGGAGAGGUUGAUGUUGGAGAAGGAGAACUAGAAGACUGUGAAAAGAAAAAGCAGGAGCUGAAUUCACCAAAACAGACCAGCGGGGAGAUGGAGAACAUGGUGUCCACCAAUAGCAGCGAGGAAGGUUCCAGAACAGACCAAUUUGAGAGUGAAGAGAGGACCUUUGUGACCAAUCUGUACGGUUUCAUGAAGGAAAGAAGCAUGCCUAUAGAGAGAAUUCCCCAUCUUGGCUUUAAACAGAUCAACCUGUGGAAAAUCUACAAAGCUGUGGAGACACUUGGAGGAUAUGAUGCGGUAACAGCGCGGAGGCUAUGGAAGAAUGUGUACGAUGAGCUGGGUGGUAGUCCAGGCAGUACCAGUGCAGCCACCUGCACACGCAGACACUACGAAAGGUUGGUGUUGCCCUUUGAGCGGCAACUGAGAGGGGAGGAGGACAAACCACUACCACCCUCCAAACCUCGAAAACAGUACAAGAGGAGCCCUGAGAACAGGGGAAGUAAGCCAGAGAGCAAGAAGAAGAGGAAGACGGAGAGAGAAGAGUGUGAGGAGAAAAUGGGAUCAGAUCAUCACUGUGAGAGAGGCAUAUGUUCCCAUCACAGUCCAUGGUUGGCGUCCUCCGAUCGCCUAGACUCUGAGCAGUCAUCUGCAGUUUCUGUCCACGGUCCCCACCCAGGCACCUGCUCCAGAGAGAUCCCUCUCCUUCAUACUCCCACCCCGACUGAGGUGAUCUCUCCCUUGGAGAAGAAGAAGCGUCUGGCCCAGGCUAGCCUGAUCAUCCCUGCUUCUAGCGCCUUGGAGGACGGUGCAGAACUGGAGAGACCCUCUGUUAUUCAGCUAUCCCACUGUUCCCAGUCUCCUGUGUGUCCUUCUUCCACUCACACUCGCNNNUCUUCCGAUGUCUUACCCCUCCCCAUCUCCUCUCCAUCUGGCUCCUUGUCCCGUAGCCCCUCUCCUUGCUCUGUCUCCUCUGAGGACUGUAUAACCGUGACGACCCAGGAGUCUCCUUCCAAAGAAACCGAAAGUAAGACACCUUCUCGUUUGUCUGCUCUCCCCACGUCCAAGGCUGCUAGCACAGGAGUUUGCAAGCCUCUUGGAUGUUACCCCAACAGCAAAGAACUUGCCAACUAUCACCGCAACCAUUACAGGGAUUACCUGCCAGGUGGCCCACCCCAUUCCGAAAAGACCCAGAGGAGUCUUUUGCCAUGGACCCCGGAUGGUAAAUCCAGCACCAGACUUACAUCCUACAGGAUGCCUUCACCUGCAUACACCAGACCCUGCUGGGUCCCUCAUGCCUCCAGCUUCUCCAAGGUCUUACCACGAGAUCCUUGCAGACCUGUGUCACUACAGCCCACUUUUAAACCACACAUGUCCUACCACCAGCACCUCCUAAAGAGGCCCAUCACCGAUGAAGCCUACUUCAAGAAGAUACCAGUGGGCUCUCCACUUCGCAUUAUGGACAGGAAAGAGAAAGCAAAGACAGUGUUGCCCAAGCCUCUGCCUACCCAGCAGUUAUUCUUCCACCCUCAUCCCGGUAUAACAAUGCCCUACCUGCCAACCAUAGAGCGAUAUCGGGCAGACUUAAACGAACAGUUGAAGGCUCUACCUCUUCAACAUGUAUUUCUUCCAACCCAUCUAACAAUACCUCCUGCUCAGACCCACUCGAUGCAUUGCCCGCCAGUGGGCACCCCUUUUCCUGGGUCUUACGAGGCUGCUUUGCCCUCCUACCCUUACCCAUUACCCAUCUGGCAUCCACCUGCUGGGUACAACAUGGCAGGCCUGCAGCCAUACUGAACGAUUCUGAAACAACUGGUUGUUCAGAUCUAUAGGUCAACGUGAAACCAAAAUUGAUGUUUACUUUCUCAAUACAGACUUCUUCACAUGUUAGUAGAAAACUGAAGGAUCAAGUCAAUUUUCUUGAUCAAUUUUCAGGAUAAUUUUACAUGAAGUAAAAUGGGUUGCAGGGUGUUUCAUGUUCAUUUUAAAAACUAAUGCUAACUGAAGGAGUUACAUACAUGGUCCUGUAGCUCAGCUGGUAGAGCAUGACACUUGCAGCUGCAAGGUUUUGGAAUCAAUUCCCAGUGUAUACACAAUACUGAUAAAAUGUAGCAGUGAAUGCACUGUAAAUCACUUUGGAUAAAAGCGUCUGCCAAAUGCGGUUAAAAUGUAAAUGCUACAUGUUGAUAUGUUCAUCAGUGUAUCUAUAUCUGCAAAAGAGAAUAGCCUCCUAGUUGAUGUGGAAUAGGUAUAAAUAAUCUUUUUAAUGCCAUUCUUCGUAUGAAUACCAAUUACUUUGUGGUACAAUUCAGGGUCCAAUGUGAAUAAUCAAGUUUCUUGUAUCUUGAUAAAUAAUUUCCAGGGUUGGUCUGGCUCAAAUAGGAAUAUUCACAUAAGGGUACAUCCUAGAAAUUGUUUUUUUUACAUUUAUAUCACAGUCUCAAGGCCCUCGACAAGACCAAUGUGUUUGACAACACACCAAUAAUGUGAAACAUGUCUGUAAUGUAUAGUUGUACAUUGCAUACUGAAUGUAAAAAAUAUUUUUGUAUAAAAUAAAUGUCAA